AUGUCAAAAAAUCUAACGUUCCCCAGUACCAUUAAACCAGCCCACCUGCUCGAACCGCACCAGCUCGCUGUCUCCUUCUCCCGCACCCGCUCGCUGUCUCCUCUCCUCCCGCAACAUCUCUGCUCGUCGUCGCUGCCGAUAGGCAACGCCGGAAGCAGCGGCCGCCCCAACCUCCCACCGCCGCGGCCUCAUCAACAUGGGGUGCCCCCGCCGUACUAUCACCAGUACCCGCCAUGGCGCCCGGGCGCCGCCGCGCCGCCGCCGGUGCCGUUCCCCACGCACGUGGAGCGGCACAGGGCCGUUGCGGUGAGCGCCGGCGUCAACGUCAAGGGACAUACCCUGUGGCUGGAGCGCGACGACGACGGCGGCCACCUGCUCGCCUUCUCCUUCGACGCCGACGCCCCCGGGAGGUCAACCCGGAGGCGCUGCUCCUGGAGAGUCGAGCUGGAGCGGGAGGUGGCGCUUCUGCGGACGAAGCUGGAGGCUGCGCAGCUGCGCGCCGAGGCAGCGGAGGAGGCCGAGGAGCGGCUGUGCAUGCAGCUCCGCGAGGCCAAGUGCGAGACCCUCGAGCUCGCGCACGUGUACCAGGGCCACGUCCAGGAGCUCACCGCCGCACGCAGCAGAUAGCAGAGCACCUAAACCCGAGCAAGAUUACCGUGGUUGUAACUUGCACGCCUACAGUUGAAUAGUACUACUAGUGGUAUGUACUCAUGUUGAAGCGGCAGUGGCAUCUACAGCAAACAUUGCUUCGCCAUGAACGCUCGGCCGCUCCUGCACGCCUCGCUCCCGCGCGCCGGCGCCGGGUUCUACGGCAACUGCUACUACAUCAUGCGCCAGAUGUCGCACACCCUAUUGCAGAUCACGCCGUCGCC